AUGGCUUACAGAGCAUUGAUUGCCACAGAGGCAUCAAACUAUGAUAAAGUAAAGGAAGCUAUUCUCUCAUGCCUCGGGAUCACGGAGGAAACAUACCGGCGCCGCUUCCGGGAAUACCAGCUGUCCAAGGGGAUGCGGCCCCGGGUUGCAGGACAGUAUCUUAUGGAUCAGUGCACCCGGUGGCUGCAGCCGGAAGAACAUACACCCCAAGAACUGAUGCAGAAGAUUGUAAUAGAGCAGUUCGCGUCUGUACUACCGCCAGGAAAUCGAGAGUUGAUUAAAAGGAAUCGACCUACCACUAUCGAGGAUGCCAUCAUCCUGGCGGAGGCAUGUGAAGACGCGAACGAAGGCGCCGUUUCAGGCCCCACUCCUGCCCCUAAACUAACUCGGACCAACCAGCCAAUGAAGCCCAGAGGGGGUAACCAGACCUUCAGACCAUGGAGGCUGAGGUUAACCCCAUCUUGGGCGAGAGAAAAAUCCCCUAACCUGCCGGUCAUUGACUCGCAGGACAGACAGACUCCGUUGGCGCUUCCUACCCCAGUGUGCUAUCGGUGUAAUGAGCCCAGACAUAUUGCCAGGAAUUGUCUGAUGAUGGAGGUGGACCUGGCGAAAAGAUCCUGGUCAGCAGUAACAGCGCACUGUAAAACAGCACAAUAUUGGACCUACGAAGAAGCUGACUCCGGAACUGAGAUCGGAAACCUAGCACAGGAUUUAAAGAUCGACCCAGCGGACGACCCCCACACAAGUUUUCGCUUCAUGCAACAACCCAGCUCUUCUCUGAUUCGAAUGAGAGAGACUGACGGACUGCUUACCAUCGGGGAAAGGAUCGACCGGGAGCACAUCUGUGGGCAGUCCCCUGAAUGUCUGAUUACCUUCGACGUGGGCACCUUUUCCAAAGAGAAGUUUCAACUGAUUCAUGUGGAGGUGGAAGUCAAGGACAUUAAUGACAACUCGCCGCAAUUCCCACACAAUGAAAGCUACAUCGAGAUGUCUGAGAGUGCUGCAGUAGGUACUCGAUUUCCAUUAGACAUUGCUGUUGACCAGGAUGUGGGCCCCAACUACAUCGAGAACUACUACAUCUCGUUUAACAGUCACUUCGACAUUGAAGUGCGCAGCAGGGAGGAUGGGGUUAAACUUGCUGAGCUUGUGUUGGCUAAAGGACUGGACAGAGAAAAAGAAGAUUCUUACACACUUCAGCUGUCAGCUGCAGACGGAGGUAACCCGGCAAAGUCAGGUUCAGUAACUGUGCAUAUCAAAGUGCUUGACUUUAAUGAUAACAGCCCAGUGUUUGAUCACAGUCUGCUCAAAGUGGAGUUGUAUGAAGAUGCUCCAGUGGGGUUCCUCCUGUGCAAGUUAAACGCUGUUGACCUCGAUGAGGGUAUAAAUGGAGACAUUGUUUACGGCUUUAAUGAUCAAGUGUCUGCAGAGAUCCGACAAGUCUUUCAAAUAGACCCCUCUUCGGGACGUUUAAGCCUAAAAGGUCUCGUGGAUUACGAGACGAAGAAAAGUUACGAACUGGAUAUCCAGGCAUACGAUUUGGGGCUGAACUCUGUCCCAGCUGUUUGUAAAGUUAUAGUUGACAUUGUAGAUGCAAAUGACAACGCUCCUGAGAUAAGUAUUAAACCAAUGACAUCUAUCAGUGCAGGAGUUGCCUAUAUAACUGAAAGUGCCGCGGAAGACAGCUUUGUCGCUCUGGUCAGCACCUCGGACAGGGAUUCGGGUGCAAAUGGCUACGUACAGUGCAGCCUCCAAGGACACGAACAUUUCAAACUGCAGGAAGCUUACGGGGACAGCUUCAUGAUUGUCACCACAACAACCCUUGAUCGAGAGAAGAUUUCAGAAUACAACCUCACAGUGAUUGCUGAAGACCUGGGGUCUCCUCCAUUUAAAACCAUUAAACAGUACACCAUCAGGAUAAGCGAUGAAAACGACAACGCGCCUCUUUUCAGCAAGCCGGUUUACGAGGUUUCGGUUCUAGAGAAUAAUGUUCCGGGCUCGUUCAUUACCACCGUGGUGGCCCGAGAUCGGGAUCUGGGUCAAAAUGCUAAAGUCACUUACAAACUUAUCGAUGCAGAAGUAUAUGGCGGUGUUCCUCUGUCUACCUUUGUGUCCGUGGACGCAGUCUCAGGGUCGAUAUAUUCUGUAAGAUCUUUCAAUUACGAAUUAAUUAAACAAAUAGAAAUGACAAUCCAAGCAAGUGACGAAGGAUCUCCACAACUAUCAACCACUGCUCUGAUCAGGGUAAAAAUAGUAGAUCAAAAUGAUAAUGUGCCUCUUAUUAUGCAUCCCAUUUUACAGAAUGGCUUUGCUGAUGUAAACUUACCAAAUAACGCACCGCCCGGUUACCUCGCUCUCCAGAUCAAGGCAAGGGAUGCUGACGAAGGGAUGAACGCUGAGCUGUCCUACAGAAUUUUACAAGACCACCAAAUGCUAUUCACAAUGAACAAACAAACGGGUGACAUUGCACUUAAAAAUGGACUAACCUAUAUUGCUGGGGAUUCUUUGAAAGUGAUCAUUGAAGUAAGCGAUAACGGAAGGCACACACUUUCAUCCACUGCUACUCUUAACUUCAUUGUAACUGAGACAUCGCCUUCUGAUGAACCAAUAGUGGUGAUUCUACAAUCGAGGGACGAGGAGCAUCCUCAAUGGGAUAUUUCACUAGUGUUUGUCAUUAUGCUAGGCGGCAGCUGUGUUUUGGUAUUGAUGGCAAUUGUUGCUGUUGCAAUCUCCUGCAAAGACAAUAAAACAGGAAGAAACUACGAUAACAAGAAAGACUUGAACCACAGAGGGUUUGAAACAAAUCCAUUUAAAAUAAAUAGCUCACAAAAAGAUGCAUCAAUAUAUUCUGGAUCAACACUGGUAAAUGGCCAAAUUGCACGUUCUGAAGAUAGAGAAAACUCAAAGUGCCUAUCUGCAAAUGAGAAGAGGGGACAUUUAGAGACCAAGAUUUGUAUGCCAAGUUCAUCCCUCAAUCAAAACCCUUUCCAAUCAGUUUCAUCGUGGCAAGAACAAACCCGUUUCAAGCUGAGUGGCAUUGCAUACACUGAUCAGAUGAGCGCAAAGGACAGUGGCAAAGGUGACAGCGACUUCAAUGACAGUGAUUCUGAAACUAGCGGAGACGGGUCGAGGAGAAUCCUCACCACAUGCACACCACUUCAGAAUGAUACAUUUCACUCUAGAAAUGUCAGCGUUCCCAGCCUAUGA